AUGAUAAUGGCAAGUAAAGAUAAAACUGACGUUGAACAUAAAGUUGGUUAUGGUUCUGGAGAAGUUCACGUGGGAAAAGAAGAUGCGUCGACAAAUGAAAAAGAACGUCGACCUGAAGCUGGUGAGAAAGGUGAAGAAGAAAGUCAUAUUUCUGGUCAAGGUGGAAGAGAAAUUCUCGGUGGCACAUCAAGCACAAGAGUACUUGGCGAAUCAGUCUCACAACAGUUAAAUAAUCCAACUCCAAUUAAAUCAACAAAAUAA